AGUAAACGUUUGUCCAACGUGAUGACGUCAUCUGACAGACGGUGCGUUUUCCCUCCCAAGAUGGCGGACAACCUGCCCUCGGAGUUUGAUGUGGUGGUCAUAGGAACGGGUUUGCCUGAAUCUAUCAUUGCGGCAGCUUGCUCAAGAAGUGGCCAGCGGGUUCUUCAUGUGGAUUCGAGGAAUUACUAUGGAGGAAACUGGGCAAGUUUUAGUUUCUCGGGAUUAUUAUCCUGGAUAAAAGAAAACCAAGAAAGGACCGAUCCAUGUGAGGAGAGUAGUACCUGGAAAGACCUGAUCCUUGAAAACGAAGUCGGCAUUCCGCUGAACAAAGUAGACCAAACUAUUCAAAAUGUUGAAGAUUUCUGUUAUGCCAGCAAAGAUUCACCCGAAGAUGUGGAAGAAGUUGGUGCAUUGUCCAGAAUGUCUACCUUGGCUAUUUCUAGCGAAGUGGUGGAGGAAGUCUCUAUCACCUCGGAAGCUGAGAAGGAGACUCUUCCAUCUGAGGAUCAGUCAUUGGGAUCUGAUAGUGAAGAAAUGCACCCCAAAAGUGUUGCACAGCAUGAUGCAGAAUGCACUGCUGGCAAAGAUGGUGUAGAAACAACCUCACCAGGAGAGAAAGACUGUGACAGUGUAAUUCCCAAUCUGUUGGAAAGAGAAAACAGUGAAUCUGCAUCUAUGACUGAAGCAGCAGAUGAGCCACGGAAAAUUACGUAUUCUCAGGUUGUUAAAGAAGGGAGACGAUUUAAUAUUGAUUUAGUUUCCAAGUUACUGUAUUCUCGAGGAUUGUUGAUUGACCUUCUGAUUAAGUCAAACGUUAGUCGAUAUGCUGAGUUCAAAAAUGUCACCCGGAUACUUGCAUUUCGAGACGGGAGAGUGGAACAGGUACCAUGUUCCAGAGCGGAUGUCUUCAAUAGCAAACAGUUGACUAUGGUGGAAAAGAGGAUGCUGAUGCGGUUUCUGACGUUUUGCCUAGACUUUGAACAACAUCCUGAUGAAUAUCAAGCUCAGAAGGAGUGUACAUUUUCAGAUUAUUUAAAAACCCAGAAGCUGACUCCCAACCUGCAACAUUUCAUCUUGCAUUCCAUUGCGAUGGUCUCAGAGGUCAAUUGCUGCACCAUAGAUGGGCUGAAAGCAACCCAGAGGUUCCUACAGUGCCUUGGCCGCUAUGGCAACACACCCUUCUUGUUCCCUUUGUACGGCCAAGGGGAGAUCCCACAGUGCUUUUGUCGGAUGUGUGCUGUAUUUGGUGGCAUCUAUUGCCUCCGCCACUCUGUCCAAUGCCUCGUUGUGGACAAAGAAACCAGAAGGUGUAAAGCUAUCAUAGAUCAUUUUGGUCAGAGAAUAAGUGCCAACUACUUUGUGGUGGAAGACAGUUACUUUUCAGAGAAGAUAUGCACACGUGUGUCUUACAGGCAAAUCUCCCGUGCAAUUCUUAUUACUAACGGAUCGAUACUGAAGUCAGGCUCAGAUCAACAGAUAUCCAUUCUGACCAUCCCACCAAUGACGUUAGGUCAGCCCCCCAUUUGCCUCAUUGAACUUUGCUCCUCAGCCAUGACUUGCAUGAAGGACACAUAUUUAGUUCAUUUAACAUGCUCUUCCAUUAAAACUGCUAAAGAAGAUUUGGAGCCUGCUGUGGGGCAGUUGUUCAGUGAAGCCACAGAAGCAGAAAGUGAAGGUGGAGGAGAAGGGCUGAAGCCUCAGAUUCUUUGGGCAGUCUAUUUCAACAUGAGGGACUCGUCCAAUAUAAACAGGGCUUCCUAUGACAACUUGCCCUCCAAUGUCUACGUUUGUUCUGGGCCAGAUGGUGCUUUGGGAAAUGACUGUGCCGUCAAACAGGCUGAAGCCAUUUUUCAAGAGAUGUUCCCCCAGGAAGAAUUCUGCCCACCACCCCCAAACCCAGAAGAUAUCAUCUAUGAUGGAGAUGGCUCUCAACCAGAGGAUCCUGGAUUUGGAAAUCCAUCAGAGGACAAGCCGGAAACUGCACCCGAGAAGAGCACUGAAGAGAAGGAAGAGCCCGCUGAGGAAUUACAUGAGGAGAAGGGCCAUAACUAAACCUGUGUCAUUCUAGACAUUGAGUAAGGUUCAGUCAUUUCAGAAAGAUGACCAACUAUUUGUCAUAUAAUUCCAGCAGAACAUGACAAAGGUGCUUAAUUGCUUGAGUUCAAAUGGGAUGGGAUCUUGUCUCCCGUCCCAUGCUGAGAUGUAUUACAUGCUUGUCUCAUUUCUCAUGGAAAUACAUGUUACUGUUUUGUAAAUAAGUUCCCAUAUUUCAAGCGGUUUACAGAAGUAGGUUUGGUUUUCUUUGAAAAGUGAUCUCCAGAAAACAGCUCUUUGGAUGGAUAAGAGAGCAGGCCGUGGCCAACAGCAUUCUGUUUUUAGUUGCACUCCCAGGAGAUGUUCACCAGAAGGAAAAAAAAUUCAGGUAUUAGUCUGCCAUUUUCUUUGGCUUGCUGUGCAAAUUGUCACUGAAAUGGCUUUGAAGCUCUGCUGUCAUACGCUUGCUAGAAAUAUACAAUAAAAAGGAUAUUCUUGCCUUCUUGGAAA